ACCAACAUGGCCUCUCUUCCUCUUCCCCUCCCCACCAUUCCCUCCCAUUCCCACCUCUCCCUACGCCGGAAACUCACCGGAAAGCCACCCCACAUCCCCUCAAGACUCACAUGCAACGCCGAAAACAUCGAAAAAACUCCCCAACACCCCAAACUCGACCGAAGAAACCUCCUCCUCAACAUCGGCGGCCUCUACGGCGCCACCAAUCUCAUGCCCGCCUCCGCCACCCCCAUCUCCUCCCCGGACCUCUCCACAUGCUCCCAAGGAACCAACCUCAACACCCAACAGCCCCUCGACGUCAACUGCUGCCCCCCUUUCUCCGACAAAAUCAUCGACUACAAACUCCCCCACACCCACCACCACCACCGCCGCCUCCGCCCCGCCGCCCACCUCGUCGACAAGGCGUACAUCGCCAAGUACGAGAAGGCCAUCGCUCUCAUGAAGGCCCUCCCCGACGACGAUCCCCGCAGCUUCAUGCAGCAAGCGAACGUCCACUGCGCUUACUGCAAUCUCACCUACGAUCAGCCCGGAGACGAAUCCGAAAAGCUCCAAAUCCACAACUGCUGGCAUUUCUUCCCCUGGCACCGAUGGUAUCUCUAUUUCUACGAGAGAAUUUUGGGGAAAUUAAUCGAUGAUCCCACCUUCGCUAUUCCGUUUUGGAACUGGGACAACCCCGACGGCAUGGCCAUCCCGGCCAUGUUCGUCAAGGAAAACUCCCCUCUCUACGACGAGCGCCGCGACCAGACCCACCUCCCGCCUACCCCGGCCGACCUCCUCUUCUCCUCGACCUCGAAAACCGACCCGAAUAUCAUCAUCCCGACCAACCUCACCGAAAUGUACGGUGAGAUGGUGCGGAAUGUCUCGAACGUAGAAGAUUUCUACGGUGCUAAAUACGUGGUGGGGACCGCUCCGGAUCCGGGACCAGGCAGUGUCGAGCGGGGGUCCCACACUGCGCUGCACGCCUGGGUGGGGGACCCCCGCUCGCCUGCUGGGGAGGAUAUGGGGAACUUUUACUCGACUGCUCGAGACCCCAUAUUCUACUCCCACCACGCCAACGUGGACCGUCUCUGGUCCGUGUGGCGUGGGCUCCGAGGCCACAGGCCUAAGGAGUUCGAGGACAAAGACUGGCUGGAGGCCAGCUUUGUCUUCUACGACGAGAACGCGCAGCUCGUGCGCGUUAAGGUGAAGGACACGCUGGAGGACAAGGAGAUGGGGUUUUCUUACCAGAAGGUGGACCUCCCGUGGCUGGAAAAGAGGCCGAAGGCGCGUUGGAGGAGGUCGAAGAUCGCGAGUAAGGCGGUUGGUGUGAGUAAUGUGGUGUUCCCGGUGAAGCUGGAUAAGGUGGUGAGGGUUUUGGUGGAGAGGCCGAAGAGGAAGAAGGGGAAGGAGGAGGAGGAGGAGCUGCUGGUGAUCGAGGGGAUUGAGGUGGACACGGCGAAGUUUGUGAGGUUUGAGGUGUUUGUGAACGACGAGGACGACGAGCCGGGGGAGGUGAGGGAGCGGGCGGAGUAUGCGGGAGGGUACUCGCAGGUGCCGCACAAGAAUUCGACGAAGGUGAGGAGCAAGAUAAGGCUGGGGCUGAGGGAGCUGCUGGAGGAUUUGGAUGUGGAGGAUGAUGACAAGAUUUUGGUGACGUUGGUGCCUAGAGCUGGUGGGGAAGAUAUCACCAUUGGUGGAGUCAAGAUCAUCUAUGCUUAGCUUUUCUUGAGCUCUCUCUUUUAUUCUUGUUUGGCUGUUUGAAUCUUUGAUUGUGUGCAUGGGCUGCUGCAGUUUUUCCAUCAAGUAGGAGUAUAAAUAAGUGAUGGUUUUCUCUUUGUUUUCUUUUUUGGUUGGUGUGUGAGGAAAAUAAGAUGGGACCUUUGUAAAUUGUAAUAAUACCUGGUAGUACUAAGUUGUGUAUGUGGCAAUUUCUUCUAGCAUUAACUGAUCAUAAUGUUACAUCUUAA